GAGUGUGGAUUUUGCUUGAGCAGUCAAUUAACAAUUAUUAUCGUCUUACUUUGUCCAGACUCCAGAGACCUAACCUAACCUUUUAUUGUUUUGUCUCUUUCGAUCGGUGCCGGCACAAGAUGGUUGAAGCACUUUUUGGCGCCCCUCUCUCUAACUGCGAAACCUUUCAAAGCUUUGAAAGCUUAUGCAUGCAUUGCGGCGAAAACGGCACUACAAAUUCCUUCAUCACUUCCAUUCCUCACUUCAGAAAGAUUUGGUUGUCCGCUUUCGAUUGUCCUCAUUGUUGCAACAAGAAUAAUGAAGUAAUGUAUGUUGACGAAAUUCCAACUCGUUGUUGCUCUUACACCUUGAAGAUCUCAUCAGGCAAUCCAGAGAUGCUCAACAGACAAGUGGUAAAAUCAGAACAUGCUACCAUCAAGAUACCGGAGUUGGAUUUUGAGAUUCAAUCAGAGGCUCGGCGUGGCAGUCUGUCAACGGUAGAAGGGAUACUGAUGCGAGCUGCUGAUGAACUUCAAGAACGAUGCAAGAAUGUUGCUCCGGAGACAGCUGAAGCAAUAGAUCAAUUUUUGGUGAAGUUGCGAGCCUGUUGCGCAGGAGAAUCAUCAUUUACAUUUGUUCUUGACGAUCCUGCUGGAAAUAGCUUUGUUGAAAAUCCGUUUGCUCCGUCAUCUGAUCCGUCAAUGACAAUAAAAUUUUAUGAUCGAACUCCUGAGAAACAAGCAUCAUUGGGAUAUCAAGUUACACAAAUUGGAGGAACUCCAGAUGAAGCACUAACAGAAGUUUCCAACCAAGUGAAGGGAGAACCACACGGGUCUGUAGGGGCAGCAGCAGGUCACCGAGCCAUUGCACAGAGUAAUAGUGCAGAGAUUGCAGAAGCCUUAUUUCGAUAUAGUACACCAGAAGAGGUGAUGACUUUCCCAACAACUUGUUAUGCUGGUUGUGCCGGUGGAUGUGAAACUCGAAUGUUUGAAAUUGAUAUUCCGUACUUCAAAAAAGGAAUCAUUAUGGCAUUCACUUGCGAUGUUUGUGGUUACCGAAACUCUGAGUUGAAAGCGGGUGGGGGGUUUGCAGAGAAAGGAAAAAAGAUGACUCUUCAUGUGAAAAAUGUUAACGACCUAAACCGUGAUGUAAUAAAGUCUGAUACAGCUAGCGUACAAGUGCCUGAACUUGACUUGGAGUUGGCAAGUGGCACUUUAGGAGGAGUUGUUACAACUGUUGAAGGUUUAAUUAAAAAAAUUAGUGAAAGUCUUGAGAGGGUCCAUGGGUUUACUUUUGGAGACAGUCUUGAUGAACAUAGUAGAAGCAAGUGGCUUGACUUUGGGGCCAGGCUGAACAAGCUUCUUAGCUUGGAAAAACCUUGGACUUUAAUUCUUGAUGAUGCAUUGGCAAAUUCUUUCAUAGCACCUGCAACUGAUGAUCUAAAAGACGACAAGCAAUUAAUGUUUGAGGAAUAUGAGAGGACAUGGGAGCAAGAUGAAGAAUUAGGUCUCCAUGACAUGGACACAUCUUCUGCCGAUGCUGCUUAUGAAUCAGCAAAUACUAGUAGCAGUGAGUAAGCUUAUCUGCUUAUGAAUCAGCAAAUACUAGUAGCAGCGAGUAAAGAUGCUCUUCUAGUAUGAGAAAUUAUUCAUAUAAUUUUAGAUUUUUUAAACUUUUGUGGUUUAAUUUAAUUAUUUCCGGAGAUCUUGUUGUGGUGUUGCCUUAUGCCCUUAUUUAUGAUUGUAAAUGAGAGAAGUCAACUCGGUUGUUUGCUUGUUGACAUCCAAGUAAAAAAAAUAAAAAUACAAUCUCAUAUUGGGGAAUUAAUAAGCUGAUGUGUAAAAUACUAAAAUAUACUUAUCAUAUUGGUUAACCGAUGUGAAAUGUGGUGGAUAUACCACAUCACAUGCGAUCCUAUCGCGUACAAAACCAACGUGAAACUUGUUUUGUCUGAUGUUAAAUCUCUUUUUUCUGCACUGUACCUCCCCUAGGGUUUUUGGUACAUACAAAAACCUAAAUUUAUAUAUAUCAUGCUUUUGUUGGUGUUA